AUGUCUCCCAUUCAGGAACCCAGCGUUCCCGCUCUCACGGAAAUGGAUCAAAGGGGGGACGUUGUCUUCGUCGUCGGAACGGCAGUCGAUAACACCCCUGCCCGGAGCUUCCGCGUCUGUUCCCGGACAAUGGCACGCAUCUCCCCCGUCUUUGACCGCAUGCUACACGGCAACUUUGCCGAGUCUAAACCGACAGCACCAAGCUCCGAUCUCAUCGGCCUUUCACCAUCCGGAAUCAACGGAACAACGAUAUCGCCGGCGAAAGAUUGGAUCGUCCACCUUCGCGACGACAGGCCCGAGUCUUUUGACCUACUCGCGAGCAUCGCCCACAGUCAAUUCCAGAGGAUUCCGCGCGCCUUGUCGAUUUCUAAGCUCUACGAACUGACGGUACUGACGCACUACUAUGACGCGACUCCUGUGUUGUCACCUUGGCUGCAAACUUGGGUUUCGGGCAUCGCAGAGUCACCAGAAACGACCAGUAGUAGCAUCGCUGGGCCCGAGGGAGAGCUUUUGAUGCCUAAGUUGCUGUGGAUUUCGUGGGAGCUGGGUCAUAAGCAGCUCUUUGAGUCGACGGCGCGGCGAAUGGUGAUGGAGAGUAGUGGGAAUUUGUUCGGGGACGAGAGCGGGCUUAGCGAGUUGAGUAUGCCGCCGGACGUCAUUGAACGAAUCGCUGCCAUCAGGACGCAGACAAUUCAGUCCAUCAUGGACGUCUUCAGCACUCUGGCAGAGAAGCUCGUCAGCGUAGAUGAAGGGCCUCGGUGGUGCAGACAUGCGUCAUACAUGGGGCCGCACCGGUGUGAGAUCUAUGGCCAAUUCCAGAGGCGGACGACAUCGACGAGAGCGUAUUGA